AUGACAGGAGUCGAGGCCACGGGUGACGGGAUUGAGAUCCCACCUGAUGCAGUGGAAGUGUAUCUCAUCAGGAAAAACCUGAGCUUUGGAACUUUUAAUCUCACGGUGGGGCCCAGCUCAGAGCCUUAUGCAGUGGAUGAAUCAUUGAGAAAGACGACAGGGGCGUUUAGCUUUGUUGUGGACUGUACAGCAGGGAGGGACGUGUUGAUCCACAUCAUGGCAGAAGUGUCCGUGUUGUUCACGGUGUCUGUGUACGCGGGCCGUGAGAUCACACCCAACUCUUUUAUGACCAGCUACCUGGUGCCCCAUAAAAUCCCUCCAAUUGCCAACGAGAGUGACCUGUUUGACCCGGAGUGUCCGGUGAAGGAGGCCCGAGUGGUCUGUCUCCCCGCGGCCCUGCUGCAGCUCAUAGCUCAGCGAACCGCUUCCUCCGAGUGCACCGUCGGCGUGCUUCUACAGGCACCUCGCUUCGUCCUAAAGCGCAAUAACAAGUUGGUGAGAAUUUCUGUUUUCAGCAUUACAUGCCUGAAUAUGUUUGGGAUCCAGAGCGAUUGGAGAGAAGACACCUGCAUUGUUGGAGAGAGGACCACUUGGCAAAGAGUGCACUGUGUCUGCAAGAACCCGCGGCGGGCCAAGCGGCAGCUGGAUAUAAUCAAACAGGCCAACCUUCACCUGCGUACCCACUAUUUGACGGCCAAGGUGAUCGUGGUCCCUAACCCUGUGGAUUUACACUUGGAGGUCAUCAAGAAGAUCACCCAAAACCCCGUGACCCUCUUCACUGAGAUCGAAGCAGAGCCACAGGAGCAGAGGUACAUCAGGUCGAUGGUGAUCGGAUUGGAAAGUGCCUUUAUUACCCUCCCUGUGCAACUAGUGAUCACAUCUUUGUUCAUCUAUUCCCAGAGGAGACCUCUUGUAUCUCUAAAUGAGGUCACUCCUCGGAAGCAUCCUUUGAAGCCAGCUGCAAAUGAACACUGGGAAGAACGGCUGGGAAAGUGGCAUGCAUACGAAAUUAACAAGACACACUCCCAGGAGCCUGAGAAGUCUAACAGCCAUCCUGCAAAACCCAAGUCUUCUGUCGAGGUCACCUCUAAAGGACAGCCCCCGCCCAAGCAAGCAGAAAGCAAGGUCUCUGGCACCCAAAAGAAGAUAUCAGGCACCCAAAGCAAGGUCUCCAGGCCCCAAAAAGAUGUCUCCAGGACACAAAGAAAGGUCUCCGGCACCCUGAGAAAGGUCUCCGACACCCCAGGAAAGGCCUCUGGCACCCAAAGAAAGAUCUCUAGGGCCCAGGAGAAGAACAAAAACACCAAUAACCCAAAUGUUGAAGACAAUCAAAGCGUUUCUUCCGAGGAUCUGCCUCCCCAGCCAGGUUCGCGAGCCCUCAAAGAGAAGCCCAGGAUGGUCCUGCCACGGUGCUGCGUUAGUGUGGCCUGGCUCCUAGUUUUUCUCACCUGUGCAGUAUCCUCCUACUUCAUCAUAUUUUAUGGACUGACUUACGGCCUCGAAAAGUCAAUAGCAUGGCUGUUUGCAUCGUUCUGUGCAUUCACCUUGUCAGUCUUUCUAGUGCAGCCAUCUAAAAUCAUGCUUUUGUCAAGCUACAGGACAAGUGCAGCCAAGUAUUCGAAGAACCUUUCGUGGAUCAGCAACUAUCACUUCACUGAGAUCAAGCUGCAAAACCUCUGGAAGGACCCAGAAGAAAUGGACAGACGCCACCAGUUCGUCAUGGAGCUUCGAAACUCAAGGAUGUACCAGCCUCUGACCCAAGAUGAAAUCACAAUAUUCAAAAGAAAGAAGAGGAUCAAGAGAAGAGCUUUCCUGUUCCUUAUUUACAUCCUCACUCACUUCAUCUUUCUGGCUCUCUUGCUGAGCCUAGUCACAAUCCUACGCCCCACUGACAGCUUUUACUACAAUCAGUUUAUUCGUGACCAGUUCUCUGUGGAUCUGGCAGGCGUGACCAGGCUGGAAGGCAUCUAUCAGUGGCUGAAUGGGGUGCUGUUGCCUCUGCUCCACAAUGACCCAAAUCCCACGUUUCUCCCUGACAGCUCCUCUAAAAUCCUUGGCCUGCCGCUGAUGAGGCAGGUGAGGGCGCAACCUGGAGAGAUAACGUGUCUGCCGGCCAAGAAAUUUGUGGAGGGCAGCCUCAAAGGAGAGAUUCGCUGUCACCCCGAAUAUGGGAUGGACCCAGAAGACACAAAAAACUACUCUGGGUCAUGGAAUAAAGUUAGCAAGCGGGACACUGACAAGACGACCAAAGGGUUUACUUAUAAGCCUCCAGAGAAGAGAUGGGCGUACGCUUCCCAUGGGCUGCUGCAUACCUACGGCUCAGGAGGGUACACCUUCUACUUUUUUCCGGCAGAGCAGCAGUUUAAUUCCACACUGAGGCUCAGCGAACUCCAGAAAAGCCACUGGCUGGAUGAGAAGACCUGGUCUGUGAUUGUGGAACUGACCACCUUCAAUCCAGACAUCAGUCUCCUCUGUAGCAUCUCGGUCAUCUUCGAGGUCUCUCAGUUAGGUGUUGUGAACACUAGCCUGAAUGCUCACUCCUUCUCGCUCACUCAUUUCAACAGAAAAUACUCAGAAGAAAUCUACUUGUAUGUGGCUAUCUACCUUUUCUUUCUUGCCUAUAUUGCCGAUGAGGUCAAUGUCAUCACGGAUGAAUGGACCGCCUACGUGAAAAGUGUAUAUAAUUGGGUCAGCUUUGCUCUUAAAUUCUUCCUUGCCUUGUUGAUCGUGUUCUUUUUCAGGAAGUACUUCUUGGCCAUCGGUGUAGUUCGGGCUUACCUGUCAAAUCCCGAGGAUUUCAUUCCCUUUCAUGCAGUGGCUCAAGUGGAUCACACCAUGAAGAUGAUUUUGGGUUUCCUGGUAUUUCUGACGGUCCUGAAGACGCUCCGGUAUUCCAGGGUCUUUUACGAUGUGCGUCUGGCUCAGAGGGCCAUCCAGAUUGCCCUUCCUGGCAUCUGCCACAUGGCAUUGAUGCUGUCUGUGUAUUUCUUUGUCUUCAUGGCAUUCGGCUACUUGGUGUUCGGGCAGGACGAGUGGAACUACAGUGACAUGAUCCACGCCACCCAGACGGCAGUUUCCUACUGUGUCUCAGCUUUUCAGAACACUGAAUUUUUCAAUAACCGGGUUCUCGGGAUCCUCUUCCUCUCAUCUUUCAUACUGGUGAUGAUCUGCAUAUUGAUCAACUUAUUUCGUGCUGUGAUUUUGUCUGCCUACGAGGAAAUGAAGCAGCCCGUAUAUGAGGAGCCCUCAGAAGAGGCGGAAGCCAUGACUUACCUGUGUCGCCGGCUACGAUCUGCUUUUUGCUGCCUGUGCUUCAAACCCAGGGCAGAAGACGAACCCAAGUUCUUCAUCAACAUGGUGUAUGGGCAGCCAGAGAAGAACAGCCGCCGCUACCUGGGGCUGAAGACCAGGAACAUUAAUGGGAAGAAAAUGGUUUACCUCGUCGUGUGA